AUUUCUACUUGCCUCAAAUACUACAUCAUGGCUAGCCUCAAGUCUACAUGUGUUUAUUUUCUGGCUAUGUUUUGCAUAUUUGUAACAAAAUCCGAAACAUAUUUUUCACCAGGGCCGGCCCCUGAAAUUUUCCCACCACUACCCGUUUCUUACGUGCCAACUCCAGUUCCAGGCCCUACUUCUUACCCACCUGUGCCAGCAGUUUCGCCAUCUCCACAAGGAAUCAAAGCUGCUUAUUGGCCAUCGUUUGAAUCCUUUCCAGUUUCCUCCAUUGACACUUCAUUUUUCACCCAUAUUUACUACGCCUUUCUCUUACCCGAACCCAACUUUUUCAAACUCAACGUCACCUCAUUGGACCAACAAAAGUUACCUGAAUUCAUGUCCGGAUUAAGCGCCAAAAACCCACCCGUCAAGACCAUACUCUCCAUAGGAGGCGGCGGGAACGACCCGAAUGUGUUCGCCGGAAUGGCGAGUACCAAAUGCACGCGCGCGGUUUUCAUUAAUUCGACCAUCGAAGUAGCUCGGAAUUACCAGUUCGACGGCAUUGACUUGGACUGGGAGUUCCCUGAAACCGUCGACGACAUGGCCAACCUCGCUUUGUUGUUCGAGGAAUGGAACGAAGCACUUCAAAACGAAGCCGAAACCAGCGGGAAACCACGUCUGCUUUUGACUGCUGCCGUAUAUUACUCGUCGGAGUUCACUACUUACGGCAUGCCUCGAUCGUAUCCGGCUCGUGCUAUGGCCAAAUAUUUAGAUUGGAUGAAUCCAAUGUGCUUCGAUUAUCAUGGGAAAUGGGAUAACUUCACUGGAAUACAUUCAGCACUUUUCGAUCCCAAUACUAGUGCUAGCAGUAGCCACGGAAUCGGGUCUUGGAUUCGAGCUGGGGUGCCGCCGGGAAAACUGGUUAUGGGGCUGGCAUCAUAUGGGCAUACAUGGAAGCUCCAGGAUCCGAAUAUUAAUGGGAUCGGAGCACCGGCAACCGGCGUAGGGCCGGGAGAUGAACUGGGGUUCUUUGAUUAUUAUGCUAUAUUGGAUUUUAACAAGGAGAAAAAUGCUACGGUGAAGUACGAUAGGACAACGGUGUCGUAUUACUCUUACGUUGGGGACACGUGGAUUGGGUACGAUGAUGUUAAGUCCAUUAAGUGGAAGGUCUGGUUUGCAAGGAUUAAAGGCUUAGCUGGGUAUUUCUUUUGGGCUCUUGGUUAUGAUAAAGAUUGGGCUCUCUCAAGACAAGGUGACAAUAUUCUCCUUCAAGCUUGA